GAGUUUACUUGGUCGACGAGUAGCACCGGAAUUUCUUACAGACUUUUCUGCUUACAUUAAAAAGCCAAAUUCGGCCUUUAUAGACUAUCCCGAUCGUCAUGCAGCAGCAACCGCAUUCCAAAAGAUCAGUUCGCUCGAGCCUGUCUACGGAAAGAAGAUACGCGUAGAAUAUGCUUUGCCUUCUCAAGCGACGUUGGCUAGGGACAGAUCUACCAAGGAGAAAGCAAGUGAAGAGGGAGGCGACGGAAAGAAUGAAGCUGGAGAGAUAGAAAUUCUCCAAAACAUCACCUCUGCCAUUGCUGCGGUUCCGCGACUCUACACGCAAGUAUUGCAUUUGAUGAAUAAAAUGAAUUUACCGCCGCCGUUUGGCCCCGUUUAUGAAAACAGCGUUCCAGAAUUGCUUCACGAACAAAUACUGAAAAAGCGGAAAAAACGAAAACGCGACGAGCUACUCUCUAGUGACGAGUCAGAGAUGUCAAGCGAAGGUGAUGAAGGUGGAAGCGCUAAUCAAGCUCCCAAACCAGUUGCGCCUGCGGUUAAGAAACUGCGAGAUGGUAGAGGCGAUGGCUUGUUUGGUUCGGCCGCGUGGAGGGAUAGGAUGAAAAAGGAGAAAGAAAAGGAGCGUCUUGGAAAAGGUGUUGGUAAAUAG